AGCGUUGCGAACGGAGCUGCUUUGUCUCGCGGUUCGUUCCUCUUCGUUUCCCGAGUUCUGGCGAACGAAUUCAAAUCCAAACCCAUCUGUCUCUGUCUUUCUCUCUCUAGAACUCUCUCUAUCUCUCUCUAGAACUUUAUAACGUUCAUGGCGUCUGCGAACCCUAAUUUCAGUCCGCCGCCUUCCGUGUUUCGAGGAACAACAAUAUAACGACAGACAACGUUCUCUCUGUAUGUAACUCCUGCACUUGGUCAGGAGGAUGGUUGAUUGUUAGGGUUUUGAAAUUAUCUGGGGAAUUGAACUGUGCCACUCAAUUACUUGUAAUUGGAUUUCCAGAGUUUUUUGUAAUUUGGGAGGUAGCACUUGCCUUCCUCACAGAUGGCAGAGGACGUCUUACGGAUUGGUGGACUUUCUUCUGGAUUGGCUGUGGUAUUGAAUAAUGAGAACAGGAAAGACAAUUCUCAGAAAAUCCGUUUUGUUUCGUGUUGUGAUGAUUUUGGCGACCAGUCUGUGGAGCAAACUCUUGAACAUAUAUUUGAUCUUCCCUACAAGACGAUUAAUCCGCUGACAAAUCCAAUUGACACUAGUAUAGUUUGUUCUAUAAUAAAGGACUUCUUGAAGUAUCAUCCUAAUUUAUCUACCGGAGUGGGAAAUAGGGACGGGGUGUCUACUGUUGGUGAUGGCUGUCAACCCCACACUGUUGCAAUUGAAGAAUCUACCAUCUGUGGUGACAUUCGAAUUGUCAAGCCACCGUUGCUUGUGGAGAGCCAAGCCAUGUUCAGUAGUGCAAGGGCCAAUGCCUGUGUUUGGAAAGGAAAAUGGAUGUAUGAAGUGACCCUUGAAACUUCUGGUAUACAGCAGCUUGGGUGGGCGACUCUUUCUUGCCCUUUUACUGAUCAUAAAGGUGUAGGGGACGCUGAUGAUUCUUAUGCAUAUGAUGGAAAAAGGGCUAGUAAAUGGAAUAAGGAAGCUGAGGCUUAUGGUCAGUAUUGGGUUGUUGGUGAUGUAAUAGGAUGCUGCAUAGAUUUGGACCAUGAUGAGAUUUCAUUCUAUAGGAAUGGCGUUUCUCUUGGGAUGGCAUUUAGUGGGAUUCGCAAGAUGGUGCCUGGGUUGGGGUAUUAUCCUGCAAUUUCUCUUUCUCAAGGUGAGCGAUGUGAGUUAAAUUUUGGGGGCCGCCCUUUUAGAUAUCCAAUAGAAGGCUUCCUUCCCAUUCAGGCUCCUCCCUCCACAAACCUUCUUGCUACUCAUUUGCUGCAUUGUUUAUCUAGACUGUUGGAUAUGCAACGCAUGGAGAGGGCAGAGUUCAGUUCUGUUGAAAAAUUGAGAAGACUGAAGAGGUUUGUGCCAUUCCAAGAACUUUUUAACCCUGUCUCUCGUGGGAUAUGCAAGGAGCUAUUCUCUUUAGUUAAUGCAGAAGCUGGGAGUGCAGAGUAUAUAGGGUGGGGUCCACUUUUUUCGUUCAUAAUGGAAGUUUUUGGGGUGCAUCCUCCACAUGACUAUACUAGUUUGGAUAGAGUACUUGAUCUCUUGCUGGAAUUUGAGGGUUCUAGACUGAUGUUUGAGCACAUUAUAAAUGCUCUUUCAUAUGGUUGUAAAACAGCGUCACUUGUUCUUACAGAGUGUCCACAUUCAGGAUCAUAUCCCUUUCUUGCUUUGACAUGUCACAUAUUGAGACAGGAAACAUUGAUGUUGCUUUGGUGGAGGUUGUCAGAUUUUGAAUUCUUGUUUGAAGGGUUCUUAUCACAGAAGAGUCCCAAUAAGCAGGAUCUUCAAUGUAUGUUGCCUUCUGUUUGGUGGCCUGGUUCAUGUGAGGACGUGUCCCAUGAAAGUAGCAUGAUGAUGACAACUACAGCCUUAUCUGAAGCAGUCAGUAAGAUUGAGGAGAAGCAUAGGGAACUAUGUCGCUUAGUCAUGCGGUUCAUACCACCUAUAGCACCUCCUCAGUUGCCUGGUUCAGUAUUUAUGACGUUUUUGCAGAACCUUCUGUUGAAAAACCGGGGAGCAGAUCGUAAUGUGCCGCCUCCUGGAGUUUCAAGCAAUUCCGUUCUUGUUUCCUUGUUCACAGUUAUGCUUCAUUUUUUAUCAGAAGGUUUCCCUAAGGGAGAUAUUUAUGGAUGGAUAAAUGGCUGUGGAACAAACACUGAUCCUGAUGUUGGUUUUCUUCACAGAGGUGGCCAACAAAGUUUUCCCUUAGGCUUGUUUCUUAAGAAUGAUCCUCAUAGAGUUGACAUCUCCAGGCUUGGAGGAUCAUUUAGUCAUUUGACAAAAUCUAAUCCAGCAAACGAUGAUCUGGAAACAGAAGUAAUUCGGUGGGAGGAAGGGUGUAUGGAUGACGAAGAAACUCGAGUAACACAUUUUAGUAGGCAGAAGCCAUGCUGUUGUUUGAGUUAUGAUGCUGAUUUCAUAAGAAUCUCAAAGAAUCCAAUUAGGUAUAACGCCAAAGGUUCCCGUGUGCAUUGCAGCUCUCUUACAGAGAGAUCUGCUCAGGUUGCUGCAGAGUGCAGUGCCAGAAGUUUGAAUGAUGAGAUAGCAGAUAAACCCAGCACAAGUGGCCAGUCUGAUUCUGAGUUUGGUUAUAGACCAGUGCAGCAUAUGAAGAUUGUACCAAGGGGGAGUAAUUUGUCUUCAGCAACACUUAGAGAAGAGGAACUUCUAGAUCCUAUGCUACUGUUAUAUCAUUUGGGUCUUGCACCAAACUUUAAGCAGGCAUCGUCUUACAUGUCUCUCCAGUCACAAUCAAUCUCUCUCCUAGAAGAAACUGAUAAACAAAUAAGAGAACGAGCUUGUGGAGAGAAUCUAAAGCGCUUGAAGGAAGCCCGUACUCUAUAUCGGGAAGAAGUUAUGGACUGCAUUAGACAUUGUGCAUGGUAUCGUAUUUCUCUAUUUUCUCGGUGGAAGCAAAGAGGAAUGUAUGCAACUUGCAUGUGGAUUGUUCAAUUGCUUCUGGUUCUUAGCAAAGUGGAUUCAGUCUUCAUUUAUAUUCCCGAAUUUUAUCUAGAAACUCUGGUUGACUGCUUCCAUGUGUUGCGCAAGAGUGAUCCUCCGUUCGUGCCUACUUCAAUAUUUAUCAAGCAAGGACUUGCUUCCUUCGUCACUUUUGUUGUUACCCACUUCAAUGAUCCAAGGAUUUCAAGUGCUGAACUGAGAGAUCUUCUUCUCCAAUCUAUUUCUGUAUUGGUACAGUACAAGGAAUUUUUGGUUGCUUUUGAGAGCAAUGAUGCAGCCACCCAAAGGAUGCCAAAAGCAUUGUUGUCAGCAUUUGAUAACAGAUCAUGGAUUCCUGUAACAAAUAUACUUCUGCGGUUGUGCAAGGGUUCUGGCUUUGGUUCAUCAAAGCAUGGAGAGUCAUCAUCGUCAUCAGUGGUUUUUCAGAGAUUGCUGCGGGAGGCAUGCAUCAAUGAUGAAGAGUUAUUCUCAGCUUUUCUUAAUCGCCUAUUUAAUACUCUCAGCUGGGCAAUGACUGAAUUCUCAGUUUCAGUCCGAGAAAUGCAAGAAAAAUACAAGGUCUUAGAAUUUCAGCAACGAAAAUGCAGUGUUAUCUUUGACCUCUCAUGCAAUCUUGCAAGGGUGUUGGAGUUUUGGACCCGUGAGAUCCCACAAGCAUUCCUGUCGGGAGCAGAUACAAACCUGCGAAGGCUCACUGAGUUGAUUGUCUUUAUUCUGAACCAUAUAACUUCAGUGGCAGAUCCUGAGAUUUUUGACCUGUCGGUCAGACGACAUGGUCAAUCUCCUGAAAAAGUAAACAGAGGCAUGAUUUUAGCACCUCUUGUUGGUAUCAUCCUCAAUUUGUUGGAUGCUAGUACAGGGAAACAAAGCGGUGAGCAGAAUGAUGUGGUGGGGGUAUUUGCAAGCAUGGACUGCCCUGAAACUGUUCUUUGUGGAUUUCAGUAUCUGUUAGAGUACAAUUGGGUUGGAUCUUUCAGAGGGGAUGGUUAUCUUGCAAAGCUCAGGCAAUUGGAGAAAUUCUCAACCCUCCUGAUCAGGCGAACCGAGUCACAUGAACCCGAGAGAAUAGGAUGUGAGGGAGAACCAGAUGGUGAUGAUAGCACCUGUUGCAUUUGUUAUUCGUCAGAAGCAAACGCACAAUUUUUACCAUGUUUACACAUAUCUUGUUUUGGCUGCAUAUCCCGGCAUCUCCUUAAUUGCCAAAGAUGUUUCUUUUGCAAUGCAACAGUUGUGGAAGUGAUCAAGACUGAGUGAAAACAGUUUAAAGAUGGUGAUUUUCUUCAUUGCAUGGGUUGUUUGUGUGUUUCGGGUCAGUAGUGAUCAAUCAAAUGGUUGAGGCCUAGGUCAGAAGGUGGUUUGUAAUUUCUUAAAUUUGAGGUUAGAUGUGACUAUGAUGCAGAAAAAGGGUAUUUAUAUCUUAUUGUUUAGAAGCUGCAAUUAGGGAUAUAAUUAUAAGUGUGUAUAUGGGUUUGGGAGACAAACAUAGUGGGUGGGAAGAAAUUUUGUUUUGGGGCUAAGAAUUUUGUAGGGGAAGCUUAGGGCAUUAUUUUGUAAAUGUGAGAUGUAAAUGGGAUAGAAAAGUAGCCCCCAUCUCUCUCUCUCUCUCUCUCUCUCUCUC